UGAAGCCGCCGCGCUACUGAAUCUCGCUCUACUUGUUUUCUCCUUUCGCUUCCAGAGCCUCUUCUAGUCGAGCGGCGGGUACUUUCCGUGCCCCCCUUCAGCCUUCGCUUUGUUGCUAUCCAUAAAGAAAUAUCCUGAACUCAUCUCUCUUGAUGAGUGAUACCAUUCCUUCUGAUGCAGUUGGUCGAAGAAUUCUCUGUAAUGGAGAAUAUGGAACAGUACUUUAUGUUGGUAACGUUCCUCCUACAACAGGAAUUUGGCUUGGAGUUGAAUGGGACAACCAUGAAAGAGGAAAACAUAAUGGUAGCCAUGAAGGAAUACAGUAUUUCGAAUGCAGGCAUCCUACAGGUGGAUCCUUUAUCCGCCCAAACAAGGCAAAUUUUGGAGUAGAUUUCCUUUCCGCUGUUAAGGAUAAGUAUGGAGUGAAUGAAAAUGAGCACAAUCCGGAGAGUGAAACAGGAAUGCCAUUAGUAUUUGGAAGGAAAACUGUAGAAACAGUUGGAUUUGAUUCCAUUAAGAAAAAACAAAAGCAAUUGAAUACCUUGCGCGACAUUUCAGUAGAUAGGUGUGCCGUGAGUCUUGCAGGUCAAGAAGAAGAAAUCAGAAAAUCAUGCCCUAAUAUUCGGCAGAUAAACUUAUCAAGAAAUCUUCUGUCAUCUUGGAAAGAAGUGUUAGCUAUUGCCUGCCAAGUUGAAAAUUUAGAAACACUUAAUAUCAGUGAAAACAAAAUGAAAUUUCCAUCUGUUCUACCACCUGCUUCACAAACAUUUUGUAAACUCAGGAUUUUGGCACUUAAUCAGACUGGAGUGACAUGGACUGAGGUUCUUUUAUGUGCUACAGGGUGGCCGGCUCUUGAAGAACUGUACCUUGCUUCCAAUAGCAUUUCACUUUUAAAAAGACCUAUUGAUGUCCUCCAGAAUCUGAAAUGGCUAGAUCUUUCUAACAAUCAGUUAACUGAUGAAAAUCAACUUUAUCUCAUUGCGGAUCUUCCCAGGUUAGAAAGAUUAAUACUUUCAAACAAUGGAAUUUAUUCUAUGCACUUUCCUGAUGCAGCAUUUGGUAACAAGACUAGAAUGUUCCCUUCAUUAACUCAUCUGAUAUUAAAAGACAAUAAAAUAGCAAAAUGGUCUGUUAUCAAUGAACUUGACAAGCUACAAAAACUUGAAUCAUUUGACUGUCGGAAUAAUCCUUUGAUGGAUUCAGAGAACAAUGCAAGGACUUUAGAACAACUUAUUAUUGCCAAAAUAGGCCAAUUAAAGUUUUUGAACAACUCACAGAUUUUUCCUGAAGAAAGGAGGGGAGCAGAACUUGAUUAUAGAAAAAAAUUUGGAAUUCAUUGGUUAAAGGCUGGAGGUAAUCAAGAUCCAAAGAAAAAUAAACCAAGUGAGGAAUUCCUUGCUGCUCAUCCAAGAUUUCAACUACUCUGUGACCUCUAUGGUGCCCCAGAAGAUGGAGAGCUGGAAAGAAAACAAUCUUUUUCUCUAAAGAAUCAGCUGUUGACUUUGACUUUUAAAUGCCCCGACAAAGCUGACCAGAAGCCCAUAGAGAAGAAACUUCCAGAUUCUAUGACUAUCCAGAAGGUCAAAGGAUUGCUGUAUCGUCUACUUAAAAUUCCAGGCUCAGAACUGAAACUAUCAUAUGAAAGUUCUAAAGUAAGCUCAAAUUCAGUAAAGCAAGUAUAUGAAUUGAGACGUUCCAGAAUAAUACAACUCAUUACCCUGGUAAAAUCAAUACAUUGCACUCUAUAAUGUUGGAUGAUUGGUUUCUUUAUAAGAAAAGCAGUACUAUUGUUUUAAAAUCGAUGAGCUUCCUUUUCUUUAUAUUCCAUCUUAGUCUUUUAAGAUAUACUAGAUUAAUAUGUGCAAAUCUAAUAUCUAUCUCAAUCAUUUUCUUUAAAUCCCAGAUGAAAGGCAAAGAAGUUGAAUUGGACAGUGACCUAAAGCCCUUGCAAUUCUACUCUAUUGAAAAUGAAGAUUGCAUUCUAGUACGAUGGU